CUAUCAGAGGUGCCCCUUGCUGUGUCUCACCAUCAAGCGAAGGAUCACACUCACAACCAGCUUCAAGAAUCGCUCACUAGCCAUCCAUCAUUAUUUCCUUCUAUCAGACUAGCGAUCAUCACAAUUCUCUCAUCCGAUGUCUUCCCAGACAUCAGCUCCUUGGCAGUUUCGCCGUCUGGGACGGCUAGAGGCGGAAAAGAUGUUGGUCGAGAGUCAAAAGGACGGCGCGUUUUUGGUGAGAGAAAGUGAGAGUAUGAAGGGAGCUCACGUGCUGUCUCUUGGUUUACAAGGCAAAGUGCAUCACUACCGUGUGAUGCCAUCUGAGAAGGGAUAUUACAUCCAGGCAGUGAUAGGUUUGCAACAGAAGCACUUCCAAACGUUAGAGGAGCUUGUUCAGUUUUAUAAGCAAUCUGACAAUGGGCUGGCAUCAUGCUUAAACCAUCCUAUCACAGCAACUAGCCAAGAGGAGGAGGAAGAUACAGACGAAGAUGAUGACAACGAAAGUGGUGAUGAGUUCAAAAUGGUAAAGUUCUUCCAGGCAUCACUGAGUGGUGCUAAGAUUGACGAAACAAAUGUUGAUGAGGCCUUUGCAUCUUUGCUAACCAAGUAUGUAAACGAUGGUAUUGUAAGAGACGUGGAUGCUAUGCAAGUAGAGAGGACAAAGCUGCCUGACCAGUUUCUACAACUAGUUCAGUUUGCUUAUCAAGAUAUGGAACAAGAGUUGACAAAAUUUGGAAGAAGAAUGGAGGCAAUGAAGAUCUUCCUUGAUCGCUGUAUAGGAACGAAACGCCAUUUGUCACCGAGACGACGGGCUGCUCAGAAGAAGAAUGACUCGUCAUUGGAAUCGUUGGCCUCCAGAUUUGCUGACCAAGCCACAGAGAUUCGAUCGAUCGAGUCUAAGGCUUUGCAAAUGCUGGCACAGACAGCUACCAUGAUUUAUCCGAUCACUCAAAACGUUCCAGCCACAAGAGAGGAGCGACCCUUGUCAGCAUUGUUACCUCAGACAAUACAAACGUUUGAGGUGCAGUCAAUUCAUGCAGCUCGGGUGACUAAGAAAGGUUUCUUGAAAGUUGAUGUUCAGUCAGGCCAGAUGUUUAUCUGCAAGACUCAAGAUGAUUUUCAGACGCCAUACAAUCAUAUGCAAAUUUUACAGCUUAUCAAGUCGAGAUCAAACCGAGCAAAGUUGGGUGUGAAACUAGAAGGAAAAGGACGGAGAGACUUUCAGUUUGAAGACGUCAAGAAACGUGAGCUUUUCUGUCAAAUGGUACAACAGAUGCGCAACGUGCAUAGUGAGAGCCGGGAAGUUGAUGCCAUCUCUGUUUUUGUUGGAACGUGGAAUAUGGGUGACGCUGAGCCUCCUCACCCGUUCAGUUCUUGGUUAAAAUGUUCAGGGAGUGGAAAGUCACUGGAUCCAAUCAUCGGUUCUUUGCCUCAUGAUAUCUAUGCAUUUGGAACUCAAGAGAGUGCACUUAACGAGAAGGAAUGGAUACAAAGACUGAAGAGCUCUUUGAAUGUUGUUGUUAGAAUCAAUUUUAAGCUGGUUGCUGCUCAGACACUGUGGGGAAUUCGAUUGGUUAUUUUGGUGAGAGAAGAACAUUUUAACAAAAUAUCCCACGUCCAGGUGGCUACAGUAAAGACGGGCAUAGGUGGAGUUGCAGGCAACAAAGGUGGUAUAGGCAUUUCAUUCUUUUUCAACGGAACGUCUUUGUGUUUUGUAAAUUGUCAUCUCACAUCUGGAAACGAGCGUUGCCAUCGACGGAACAACAAUUUUUAUGAUAUUCUUCGUGGUCUUCAAAUUGGUCAAGCGUCACGCAAAAUGGGUGGAGCAUUUGACCUUACACAUCAGUGUCAUCACGUUUUUUGGUUUGGUGACCUUAAUUAUCGGAUUGAUUUACCAGUACAGGAAAUCUUUGAUUGUGUGGAAAAGAAAGAAUACGGUCGACUCAUGGAGUGCGACCAGCUGAAGGUUGAACAGAAAGAUGGUCGCGUCUUUGCCAACUUUGAUGAAGAAGAAAUCAACUUUGCUCCAACAUAUCGUUACAAGCGAGGAACCAGACUAGAAUACGAGUACCAGAAAUUCAAGAAGACUGGGGUUCGAAUCAAUGUGCCUUCGUUUUGUGAUCGUGUGUUGCUCUCAUCGUUUCCAGGGACACAAGUGAACAAUAUGGCUUACGGUUGUACUGAUGACAUUAUGACAAGCGACCAUUCACCUGUAUACGCGGCGUACCAAGUCGGCAUCACAUCUCAAUUCAUUUCUGACUCUGCAAGUUCAGCAAUGGAAAAACGAAAUCAGAGUGACUGUCAGAUUCGUGUGACGUCCAUCAGUGCUGCUGUUUGUACAAGCAGCAAUACGUCAUUUUACUUAGAAAUCUACUCUGGUUGUUUAGAAGGUGUGUUUCGUAGCAAGAAGAAUACGUUGUUUACUAGUGCAUCCACUUGGGUUGGACUGCCAACCGGUGGACAAGAAAAGGCACAUUACACGUAUCCGGAAUGGACUGCUGCUGCGUUUGAGCAGGCGAUUCAUCCUAUUAUGUCGGAUCGUGGAUAUCUUGAACAACAGUAUUUACACAUUGCUGUGAAGUCUGUUGAAGAUGAUGAAUCAUAUGGCGAAUGUGUUGUGUCUCUUCGGUCUGUCAUCACGCCAGUUCCUUCAAUGUUUCAGAGUCCGUUGACACAUCGUGGAAUGGCUACAGGUUUGCUGCAUGGCACAAUACAUUUGCCUUGGAAUAAAGACGACACUAAAUCACCAAGACCAGCAUCUGCUUACGAAAUGAUUACGAGUUUUAUAUCAAAUGAUGACGAAGAUGAUUCUCAACUUGGUCUUCCAAUUGGUCGUGAAAGAUCUGUAGUUUCUAGUCCUCAAAGGUGGCGUUCUGUACGUCAAAAGAAGAGCUCUAGUGAACUCAACUCUUCCAACUUUGUUUAUGCUCACUCGGUUGAUGUAGAGACAUCGAAUGGCCACUUACGAUCUAAUGGUGUGGGAUCGGAUGAGCGGAGACAUGAACAAAGUCUUACUUCCCAAUCCACGAGAAGUUAUGAUACUGGGCCAAGACGCAAAGCACAUACUCAAGGCACAAAUGAUGAGGGGUUAGAUGAUAUGUCUAUACAGCUGACAUUUAGGAAGGAAUACCAACCAAAGCCCAAUAUUCGGUCUCGCCCACCACUAUUUCCACGGGAAGAUGACGACUCUAGGGCAGCUGCUGCUUUGCCUCAAAAGAAACCUUCUUCGCUAAUACCACCUCAUGCCCAAAUCAACGUAUCAGGUCCUCCUUCUCCUUCUGCAGCAAGACGACGGCCACCUGCAAGUACAUUGGGACCGCAGUUAGGUCCUGAAAUUGCCUCAUCAGCUGCUCAAAGAGCAUCUAAAGGAUCCAUGUCUUCUGUCAAAGAGUUAGCACCUAAACCAGGGAUUGCUCAGAGACCAAGACACAAACCAGAAAGUCCUGAAACGAGACGAAAAAAUACAGUUGUAGCGCAGUGGUUGCAGGAUGCUGGCCUGCCUGGGCGUUAUUCCUCGCUUUUAGUUCAGUCUGGAUGGGAUGAUCCCGCAUUCUUCUCAGACAUGUCAGCUGCUGACCUGAUGGGAGUUGGAAUCACAAGUCAAGAACAUCAGAAGAAGAUACUCCAAGAAGCGUCUAAGUAAACAGAAACGGAAUUCAUUUUGAUAAAAAAAUAGUGACUGCAUACUGGAGCGUCAGCUGUGCUGUCUAAUUGAUGUGUCUUUUUACGGGCGGUCAUUGGUUUGUACAUAAAUUACAUAUCAAGUGUAAGUAAUUAUUUGACGCAAGGAAUGUCACAAAGCCACUGUUAUCUGCUUGUGACGCUUUGUAAUCCAUUAAGGAUAUUGUUUUGCAAAUUUAUGCAUAACGAAGGUUGACUCCAGUGUCAAGCUAUGGAGAUAAGAUAGGCAUUUAGCACAAGGAGGCGUCAAGGAUAUUGGAGUGUCAUGCACACUCCAAUUUGGAUUUCUAAUUUAGCAGGCGGGGCGAAAGGAGAGAGUGGGCUUCGCGGUCUAGGAUCCUUACAGGAUAAGCAGACACGCUAGCGCAACGCUUCACGCCUCUCUCUCUUUCGUAUGCAUUUUGGUUGUGCGGAGUGUGAGGCACAGGAUGCGCAUCAUCUGUGAAAUACACAUCUACCGAUCAGAACCUGUUUUUCUCACCGUCAAG